AGUAAUAACAUUAAACUGACCAACUAAUGCAUCUUUCGUGGUGACACAGUCUUGAUGUAAAUUUUGCAUUUUAUGUGGAGAGGACGCGCUUAUCACCUCGUGCCCACAGACCGAAGUAAUAUGGCGUCACGCAGAUUUGGAAGUGAGGGUAAUUUGCCAAAAAAUGAGAUAGGGUGGCCAAAAUGGACAUAUGCGUUAGCAAUUGGAGCACCAGUUGCUAUUGGAUUGGGAUAUUGGUAUUACAGAAAAUCUAAGUCCAAACGUGAUGAUGACUUUUCGAUAAAUGGAAAAGGUAACCUGAAGCCCAAAUCUAACUUGAACCCGACGUCGGCAAAAUUUAGUACCCAGAAAGCAUCAUCUGAGUCUGAGGAAUCAUUGAUAUCAGUAUCAGGACGUGAUUUUCAGAAAAACAAAACUGAUGAAGAGGUUUUACCCAAAGAGCCCUGUGAGAAAGCAAAGGCUUACAAAAAUAUAGGAAACAGGUACUUUAAAGAGGGAAAAUAUGAUAAAGCUAUUGAUUGUUACACUGAAGCAAUUAAGGUUUGUCCUGAAGAUAGGAAAGGUGACUUGGCCACCUUUUACCAGAACAGGGCAGCAUCAUAUGAAAACUUGAAAAACUUUUCUGAAGUGAUCAGUGACUGCAGUAAAGCCAUAGAACUAAACAAUACUUAUAUCAAAGCUUUGACACGGAGGGCAAAAGCAUAUGAUACAAUAAGUGACCUAAAAAAUGCUUUAGAUGACAUCACAGCUGUUUGCAUCUUGGAAGGCUUUCAGAAUUCCAAUUCCUUACUCCUCACUGACCGUAUUUUGAAGAGUAAAGGAAAGGAACAAGCAAGAAAAGCCAUGCAGACAAGAACACCAAUUCUUCCAUCAGGGCAUUUCAUCAAAAACUAUUUUAUAUCCUUCUGUGAAGAUCCUAUCAUUAAAAUUUCAGAAAAGUACAAGGAAGAAAAGAAAGACUCUCAAAAUCCAAAGGAACUUAGUGGUUUUCGUUUAGGUAUUCAUAAUUUUGUGGACAAUAAGUUUGAAGAUGUCAUUAAAAAUUGUACACAAGAGAUAGAACGUAAUGGACAGGAUACAGCAGAGGCUCUACUUCUUAGAGGUACCUUUCAUCUGUUGCAGGGACAAACUGAUGCUGCAAAGGAGGACUUAAAACAGUUGCUAGAGAUGGAAAGUGUAGAUGUAAAGGUGCGAGUUAAUGCUUUGAUCAAGGUUGGAACCUUAAAAGUUCAUGCUGAACAAAUGGAGGAGGCUUUAAAAGACUUUGAUCGAGCUAUUGAACUUGACCCUAAUAAUGCUGAUAUUUAUUUGCAUCGAGGGCAGGUGUUGCUGUUGAUGGACAGAAUAGAUGAUACACUUCGGGACCUUGAGAAGAGUGCUGCUCUGAACUCAAAUUUUCCUUCUGCCACAGCUCAGAAAUGUUACGUCCAGUAUCGAUGUGGUUUGCGAUAUAAUGAUUCUAAACAGAAAGAAGAGGCACUAAAGGGUUUUAUAGAAGCUCACGAAAAGUUCCCCAGAUGUUCCGAAAGUUAUUUUCUUCAUGCACAGGUGUUACUGGAAAGACAAGAAUUUGAGAAAGCUGAAGAGUUUUUUCUGAAAGCUGGAGAAAUUGACCCAACUGACCCAAAUGUAUGGGUACACAGAGGUAUCCUUUACCUUCAGUGGAAACAGGAUGUUGACUCAGCUCUAGGAUACCUAAAGAAAGCCAUAGAAAUGGAUACCAAAUGUCAGUUUGCAUAUGAAACUUUGGGGUCCAUUCAAGUUCAGAGGGGUCAUCUACAGAAAGGUUUGGAGCUUUUUGAUAAAGCAAUAGCAUUGGCUCAGACUGAAACAGAACUGGCUCAUCUCUUCUCUCUCAGAGAUGCAGCAGAGGCUCAAGGUCGAGUUGCUACACGCUUAGGAAUUGACAUUGGAUCAGAGAGUAAUACCUAAACUGCAUAUAGUUUAAAUGUUAAAAAAUAUAUUGCAGUCAGUCAAACAAAUGCUACAUUUUGUGUUAAUUCAACAUUUAAAAAAUGAUUUGAGAUUCACACUGUGACUGGGUUCAAGCAAUUUUCUUGUUAUUAAUAAUUGAUUUUUCUUCUUUUCAAAGAACAAAUGAAAUUUUUUCCACUUCAAAUUCAUUCAGUAAACUAUAUAAUUUAAAGUUGAUCAUACAUUAAGAAAGCAGAUACGUCUACAAAUUCUUGUUUACUAACAAUGGCUCCUUUAUUCUCAGGACCACUAUACAUACAUAGCUAUUACCCAAAUGUUCUGAAAGUUCUUGAUUUUAAAUGAACCUGUCAGUUCAAUGGUACAUACUAAAUUAUGCAAAAGUUCUUGUUUAUAUAUGUUUAAAAAAAAGUCUGUUACCCUUAAACACACAUCUUUUGAAUCAGAGUUCAGUGUGAACUUUGUAUUUUCUGUUUGUCCAGUAAAGUCAUGAGUGUAAAGAAAUCAUUGCUAAUAAAUAAUGCACAGGUGUCUAUUCACUUUAUAUUCAAUUUUAUAAUAAUUUGUAAUAUAUUAAUUACUGUUAUGAAGAAAAGCAUUUGUAUUCUGUUUCCUGUGAUUUCACAUCGUCCUGAUGUAUGCACAAGCAUUAUUAUCCUAAAGCUGCAUAGCUUUGCAGAGGUUAACUGAUGGUAGUAAUGAUAAGUGCAUCUGUAGGUUAUCAGACUGGUGGUAGUAAAGGCUAAACUGAAGAGUUGUAAUUGUUGCAGUAUUUACAUGGCACUCUAGGUACAUCAGAAAAAGAUUAUUGUUCAAAUGUCACAUUAAAAAAAGGCUUCUUAGGAUGCACUUAUAAACAGUUCAAACUUUCUUCCUUUUUCUCUCUGUUUCCUGCUGGAUAGAUAUUCUAAGAGUGUUGCUUCUUUUCAUCUCAGUAAAAUGAUAACAUUAACUGUUUCAUGAGCAAAAUUGAGUUUAAAAAAUUGUACAUUAUUUUGAAAAAUACAAAUGCAACUAAGAAUUCUAUUUUUAUGUGGCCUCAAAAUCUAAACAGUUUAACUGAUAUGAAAAACUAUAUUUGAAAAAUGUUACCGUAAAUAAACCAGGAAAAUAUAAGUAGUUUUCUCAGAUUAGUGGUAACAGCCAUGUGCACUGAAUAAUCUAAUUGUUUUUUUUAUAUAUGUAGAUAACAAAUGAUAUGAGAGAAUGUUUCUCAGAUAAUAGUAGCCCAUUAAAAUUGCUGUAAUUUAGUACUAAAGCACUGUGAGUAGCUGUCUUAUGUCCAUAGUUGUGAAAAGGGCAGUGUUAUAUAUCAGGAGAUUGUAUUAUCAUGAAAAUAACUCAAGUUAGCUACUCGUUAUAUUAGCCAAUGACUUUUAUGUAGUAUUUCUCUUUUUUAAAAAAAUCCCAACAAAAAUAUGUACAGUGGAUAAUUGUCAGAUGGUUAAGAAUUAAGCACUUAAUGCCUAAUAUUUUGAAAAGCAUCUUACAAUAUUGUUUUUGUAAUGCACUUUCUUCUGUGUGUUAGAGCAACAUAAUUUAGAAAGUGUAAAAUUACAUGUAGGCACCAUAAAUCUGUCAUCUGUAUGUCGUUACCCUUAUAUAAUUUAAAAUAUAUAUACAAAGAAACCUACACUAGUACAAUAUUCUUCUGGAUGUAUUAAUUUGUGGGACCAUGAAGUUUGAACAGAAAUGAAUGAAGCUAUUUUACAUGCACUAAAUUUAAGAUGUAAUGACAUUUUCUUUGUUUCUAGCAGCUCUUUGUAGAUGAAAGAGAAUACUUGUUUGGUAUGAAACUUGUAUUGUCGUGGUAUAGUCAGAUUGUUUGAUGAUUUAAAAAAAGCACCAUAUAAAUUAAAAGUAUUCCUUAUUAUAUUGUACUACAGGAAAUUUGUAAUUUUUUUUUUAAGUGAGAGAUGACCUAAAUAUCUGUGCUAUUUCUGCUGUUGUUAGUCUGGUUUAAAUCAAUUAUAUAGAAGUUGACACAGGCAGUGGUGAAUAUGUAAAUGUCUACAUGUAUAAUUUAGUGUUUUUGACUGAGGUAGUCUUGAACACAUUGAAAGGUUUGUAUUUAGAAGAAUAAUAUGAUAAUAGGAUAACAAGUCUCUUGCAUGUUUAAAAAUAAAUACAUAAAUCUGUCA